UCGCUCUGCGCAGGGGUGGGGGCGGACAGAGCAAUGCAGACAGAUCUCCCUCUCCCUGCCACAGAGCAGCAGCCCACACAGCUGGAAAAGUUUCAGAGUAGCAGCUGUGUUAGUCUGUAUUCGCAAAAAGAAAAGGAGUACUUGUGGCACCUUAGAGACUAACAAAUUUAUUUGAACAUAAGCUUUUGUGAGCUACAGCUCACUUCAUCGGAUGCAUUCAGUGGAAAAUACAGUGGGGAGAUUCAUAUACAUACACAGCCUGGAGCCCACAGGAAGAGGGAGGGGAGAGAGCUGUUGAUCCAACUCUGUGGGGACAGCCCUGUGAGACUCCGGAGCAGCAGUUCAUUUGCCGGUGUGCACUCUUGGCUGGCAGAGACUCUCGCUGUGGACUCGGUUGCACGGCACCUGGAAGUUCUGGUUCCAAAGCCCGGCUCUUCCCAAGGAGGAGGAAAAUCAAGGAGCGGUAAUCUGAUCUGACUGAGGGAGUAAAGGGACUGCAGCAGAGAGGUGGACAGAGGAUUCCCACUUAUCCAACAUCACCACUGGGAUACUCAGGAUCUCCUUUAAUGUCAACAACGUCAGGUGCCCAGGGACACAAGUGAAAGAACAGAUCAGUUCUCAGAUGACUUGCCAAGGUCUGAUUUUGACUGUGGUCUUUAUCAUGCUCUGCAGGGCAGAAGCAGACACAGUGAUACAGAAAAAAGUGGUGGAGGUGGGUGGCAAUGUGACCUUAAGCUGCCUCCUGAUGGGAUCUCAUGACAUUCUGCAAGUUACAUGGCAGAAGAAAAAUACUAGAGAGAAUUUGGCUACAUACAGUGUAUCUAAAGGAGUAACUGUUGCUGAAACAUACCGAGGUCGAUUAAAUGUCACACGCCUGUCACUAAAUGAUACGGCCAUCACCCUGUGGAGAGUUGGAAUCCAGGAUGACGGAUGUUACAAAUGCCUCUUUAAUACCUUUCCCACCGGAGCCAUCCCACAAGACACCUGCUUGACUGUCUAUGAGCAGCUCAGAGGAUCUCUCCAUUAUAUAAUCUCUGAAGGUAACUUGACAGCCAUCUGUUCUGCUAAUGCCUGGCCUCGUCCUGUGAUCUCUUGGAUUGUGCCGAAAGCUCAGAGUGAAAAGACAGAAGAGGUGGUCACGCACCCCAAUGGAACAUUGUCCGUCAUCAGCAAACUCUAUGUCAACCGUUCUACAAGCCUGGCUGGGCAAUUGCUGAUCUGCAGAGUACGGCACAUGGAGGAAGACAGAGAUUACAGUGUGAAAGUGGAAGACGGCUGGUGGUUUUCAGUUCCUUGGUUGCUGGCCACAGCGGCCCUACUCAUAGUUUUUGUUGUGUUGGUUCUGACUGUGGUGUGCUGGAGAAGACGCAGGAAAAAGCAAAGCGGAUUGAAACCUGAGCUCCCCAAGUGUCUGUUCAUGGAGGACAGGACAUUGGCUGGGAUGCAGGAGAACCAAGUUCAAGAUGUCUCUCUGUGCUACGGAGAUUUCCAGAUGAAGUAUGCUUCCUGAAUCUAGAGCAUUUUAACCCAUCUACUGGAUCAUUCCUUGGCAAACCUGAUUCAGCAUUAGAAGCAGUGACCUGGCAUGGCCUGAAAGUUACAUCAAUAAAAGGGAAGUGUGAUCCAACCUAGACUCAGCAGCUAGAAGAUAGGAAGUAAAAAACCUGGCACCAGAUUCAGACAUAUAAGGGACAAACCUAAUGUCAUCUGUCUCAGUCCCACUGGACAGCAACUAUCCACCUGCUUCUUUCCUCCUAUCUAGCUGAUCCGGUGGUUCUUCAGCAGUGAAUGACUGAUGGAUCUGGAUCAUCUGUCCAUGGAAUUCAUUCACAAGACUUGUUGCUUCCCUUCCUUACAUUCCUCCUCUUGCUGUUGAUCUUCAACAUGGCUCCAGCCACACUUCAUUUACCUGGCACUACUGGUGAAUGAGUAUUAAGACAGGCCGUCAACCAGACAGAGCAGGAGUGGUUUAAGCCUUGUAUCCCAUCUAGAGCACUGUUAUUACCUUCCUAUAAGGCAUUUGGCUAUUCUAUUCCAUUAACUUUUGUUCUUGCAUCAGUCAUGUUUCAUGUUAUUUAACUUUUUGUAAGACAUGCUGGGUUACAGUUUUAUGUACACACUAUAUGCAUAUUUAUUAAGGCAACAGGGAACAUUUAGCAGCUGAAUUUCUUGAAACUAAAGUAACUGUUUCAGAUUCAAAGUUCAAAUCUAUUUGUGUGAGGAAAGACAGAUCUCUUCAAUUUUCCAGAGCUGCAGCUGUUUCAAUACCCCAGCGUGAUACAAGCAUUUGUAUGUGCAUUAAUGUGUAUUCAUCUUUGUGUUUGUAAGGCCAUUAGAGAUAGUUGCUGACAGUUACUGUUGUGCUAGGGACUUUGUUAUUGCUGCUUAAUGAUUCUCUUACCUGAAGCUACCUCUCUUACUAAUUCCUUGAUUCUAUUAUUCAUCGUUGUGUUCUAGCUAUGCUGAAAAAAGACCAAAUAAAGCUAUUUUGAAAAUUAAA